AUGUCUGUUCCGGGUUCAAAAUUGAAAGAGGCCAGGAAACUGGUCAACGAAAAACAGUAUGAUGAGGCUGAACAAGUCUAUUUGAGCCUGCUAGAUAAAGACAGUUCACAGAACAGCACAGCCGGUGCUAGUGUGGAUGACAAGCGUAGGAAUGAACAGGAGACAAGCAUAUUGGAAUUGGGGCAACUGUACGUGACUAUGGGCGCAAAGGACAAGUUGCGUGAGUUCAUUCCUCAUUCCACGGAGUACAUGAUGCAGUUUGCCAAAUCCAAAACGGUAAAAGUGUUGAAGACGUUGAUUGAAAAAUUCGAGCAAGUGCCGGACUCCUUGGAUGAUCAGAUCUUUGUGUGCGAGAAAAGUAUCGAGUUUGCCAAAAGAGAGAAAAGGGUGUUUUUGAAGCAUUCACUGUCGAUCAAAUUGGCCACAUUACACUACCAGAAGAAACAGUAUAAGGACUCAUUAGCAUUGAUUAAUGAUCUAUUGAGAGAGUUCAAAAAAUUGGAUGAUAAGCCCUCCUUGGUGGAUGUGCACCUAUUGGAAAGUAAAGUUUACCAUAAACUGAGAAAUCUAGCUAAGUCCAAGGCCUCAUUGACUGCAGCAAGGACUGCUGCUAACUCCAUAUACUGCCCUACACAAACUGUUGCGGAGCUGGACUUAAUGAGUGGUAUCCUGCACUGUGAAGAUAAAGAUUACAAAACUGCAUUUUCGUACUUCUUCGAAAGUUUUGAAAGUUACCACAAUUUAACUACGCAUAAUUCCUACGAAAAGGCAUGCCAAGUCCUGAAAUACAUGCUAUUGUCUAAGAUCAUGCUAAACCUUAUUGACGAUGUAAAAAACAUUCUAAACGCCAAAUACACAAAGGAAACGUACCAGUCUCGAGGCAUUGACGCCAUGAAAGCUGUAGCUGAGGCUUAUAACAACAGAUCGCUUUUAGACUUCAAUACAGCGCUAAAACAAUACGAGAAAGAGCUGAUGGGUGACGAACUGACAAGGUCCCAUUUCAAUGCAUUAUACGAUACUUUAUUAGAGUCCAAUCUGUGUAAGAUUAUUGAACCAUUUGAAUGCGUGGAAAUAUCUCACAUUUCCAAAAUAAUCGGUCUGGAUACUCAACAAGUUGAGGGAAAACUCUCCCAAAUGAUACUAGAUAAGAUAUUCUACGGUGUUCUAGAUCAAGGUAAUGGCUGGCUGUACGUCUAUGAAACUCCGAAUCAGGACGCUACAUACGACUCUGCAUUAGAAUUAGUCGGGCAAUUAAAUAAAGUCGUCGAUCAAUUAUUCGAAAAAGCAAGUGUCUUGUACUAG